GGGAGAGGGGCCGGAAGCGGUGCUGCGCCCACUGCCUCCUCGUCCCCGUGCGCCCCGCGGGGAGCCCGCCGCCUCCCCUUGUACCUGAGAAGGUGGCUCAGUCGGGAGGCGGGCGUGAGGCGUUCUGAUUGCUCUGGAUUCCGGCCAGUCGCAAAAUCUGCAGGGACACUUAACAACAUUUGUCACAAUGAAUUUCUGAUCUGUUUCCACCCAGGCGUCGGAGGACUGGCUGGGGAAGGUCCCCAGUCUUCCUCUCCUCGGUGCCUGAGAGCCCUGACCCCUGAAGGGUGAGGAUUCCAGAGGAAGAGGCGGCAAGGAAGGCGGCCCGCAGGCAUCAUGUUCCGCAAGAAAAAGAAGAAACGCCCUGAGAUCUCGGCCCCACAGAACUUCCAGCACCGCGUCCAUACCUCCUUUGACCCCAAGGAAGGCAAGUUUGUGGGUCUCCCCCCACAAUGGCAGAACAUCCUGGACACACUGCGGAGACCGAAGCCCGUGGUGGACCCUUCCCGCAUCACGCGGGUGCAACUGCAGCCCAUGAAGACAGUGGUGCGGGGCAGCUCCGUGCCCGUGGACGGCUACAUCUCGGGGCUGCUCAAUGACAUCCAGAAGUUGUCGGUCAUCAGCUCCAACACCCUGCGUGGCCGCAGUCCCACCAGCCGGCGGCGGGCACAGUCCCUGGGGCUGCUGGGGGAUGAGCACUGGGCCACCGACCCGGACAUGUACCUGCAGAGCCCCCAGUCUGAGCACACUGACCCCCACGGCCUCUACCUCAGCUGCAACGGGGGCACACCAGCAGGCCGCAGGCAGACGCCGUGGACCGAGCCGCAGAGCCCACGGGUCCUGCCCAAUGGGCUGGCCACCAAGGCACAGUCCCUGGGCCCCACCGAGUUCCAGGGUGCCACACAGCGCUGCCUGCAGCUGGCCGCCUGUCUGCAGAGUUCCCCACCCGGCGCCUCACCCCCCACAGCCACUGGUAGGCGUGGGGCCAAGGCUGCCAGGCACGGCUCUGAGGAGGCCCGGCCGCAGUCCUGCUUGCUGGGCUCAGCUGCAGGCAGGCCAGGCGGGGAGGGCAGCCCCAGCCCCAAGACCCAGGAGAACAGCCUAAAGCGCAGGCUGUUCCGAAGCAUGUUCCUGUCUACUCCUGCCACAGCCCCUCCGAGCAGCAAGCCAGGCCCUCCACCGCAGAGCAAGGUAGGUCAGGCCGGGGCCACCCGUGGGGGCCACUCUUCUCAGGGUAGGGAGCCUGGCCUGGCAGGUGUCCAUUGGGGAAUGUGAGUCAGGGACGCAGGCCCUGCCUGGCCUUCCCACCUACAGGGUUGGGCUGGGGACAGCAUGAGGGAACAAAAUAUCAAGACACCAGCUCAGCCUCAGCUGAGGAUUCUACCCUGAACCAGCUGAGCCCUCGUCCUCCAAGGGCUUAGCACCUGUGAGUCAGAGGUUGCAAGCCAGGUCAUUUUCCAGGGGGCUUCAGAGGGGCUUAUGGUAUGCCCGAGCUGACACUCCUCUGGGUGUGUCUAGGCGGGCCACACUAGGAGGCAGACACCCCCCUGAAAAAGCAGCAUCUUGAACGACAAGC